AUGUCCUCAUCUUCACACGAGGAGAACAUGGGGCUGUUGGAUGAAAAGAACAACUCGGAUUCUGACAGCGAGCGCAGUGUCACCGACGCCGAGCCUUGGUUUGAGGUCAAGGUUCGAUCCUCAAAUUACUCGGAAUAUCUAUCCGCUGUCGCAGCUACCUGGAGCCAGCUUCGUUCAGCGCCAUGGCGGGUGCUCUUGAUUCGAGUCCUCUUCUUUCUGACACCGAGCUUCCUCCAAGGAAGACAUGCCCGUGAGCAGAUCUGCCCUCCGAAACUCGCUCCUACGGCAUACCUAGACGGCAUGAGAGGACUCGCCGCUCUCUUUGUGUUUUUCUGCCAUUACUCCUACCAGGCCUUUACAAUUGCGAAAAGCUGGGGCACUGGAGAGGACAACUACCACUUCUUGAAGCUUCCCUUCCUCAGACUUUGGUAUCAAGGACCCGCAGCAGUCUGUGUUUUCUUCGUCAUCUCAGGAUACGCAUUGUCCUAUCGUCCAGUGAAACUGAUUCGAAGUGGCGCGCUUUCUGAUUUUGCUACCACCAUGAGUUCCCUGACCUUCCGUCGAGCCAUUCGCUUAUAUCUACCGACUGCCAUUUCUACAUUCAUGAUUAUAUGUCUGCUGAGAAUUGGUGCCUACGAGUGGACACGAGAAUUUGGCAACGACCGCAAGUACAUGAAGAAUGUAGUCGAGCCUCAUCCAGCUCGAAUGGAGUCGUCAUAUGCUCAAUUUAGAGAUUGGACCCUUCACAUGUAUAAUUUUGUUCACGUCUUUGGUUGGGACAAAUACGGUGGCAGUACAUCAUACGACGUGCAUCUAUGGACGAUUCCUGUCGAAUUCCGAUGUUCUCUGUACCUGUUUCUUACCAUUAUCGGCACCGCGCGUCUGAGGACGAGUAUUCGAUUUCUGACUGUUGGCGGAAUGACGUGGUUCAGCUAUUGCCAUUCGAGAUGGGAGUUGUGUUUGUUCCUGAGUGGCAUGCUUCUUGCGGAGAUGGAUCACAUUCGCGGUGCUCACAUCACUUCGCCCGUUUUGCCCCAAAUCGAAAAGCAGCCUAGAAAAUCCCGCGGCUGGAUCAAGAGCAUAAUCUGGACUUCGGUCAGUGUUCUGAGCUUAUACUUGUUGUCGCAACCAGACGACGGGGGCGAGAUGGCCCCAGGCUGGGUCUACUUGACUUCACUUAUUCCCGAGUGGUGGAGCGAGGAAAAGUAUCGAUACUGGCAAUCCGCGGGCGCGGUUGUAUUUGUCCUGGCUGUUGGGCACUCUCCGGCAUGGCAACGAUUUUUCAAUUCACCUGUGGUGCAAUACUUUGGCAAGAUUUCAUACGCCCUGUAUUUGAUGCACGGCCCUGCAAUGCACGCGGUUGGCUAUCACUGGGAGAGGAUGGCCUAUGCAAUUACCGGUGUUGAGGGUUAUUGGUACAACGCGGGCUUUUUCUUGGGGGCAGCCUUUGCUGUUCCCACGGUCAUCUGGUGGGCCGACGUCUUCUGGCGAGCCGUGGACAUUCCCACCGUCAAGUUUGCCAAAUGGUUUGAAAACAAGUGCAUUACCAAGAACUGA